CAUGGAUGUCCAAAACGGUCCGUCCAUACCAGCGAAACAUCCAGCAACAACACCAGAAGACGCUGCUAGCCGGAAUUUCAUGCUGGAUUUCGCCGUCGCCUGGGGCCGAACUGAUGAGGAAGGAGACGACUCUGACAUGUUCUGCAGCGCUUCCCUCCCUUCAUCAUCCGCAGUUUCGCCAGCUUUUGUUCAAAAGUAAACUAAAUCAGGGAAGAUGAAAUCAUUACAGGACGUUGUAGCUUUGGACUCUUCGGAAUCAGCUGGCGGACGGUAUCAGGUUCAGGAAACGGCUUUUUUUGAUGAAUAUGCUGCCGAUUUUCCGAUUCCAUGUUUUCUUCACUUUCUAUCAGGGUUUCGAGCUAUUUAUAACCGCUGGUGGCACUUGCUCCGUUCAUAUCUUCUCGCCAUUCAAGGAGGGGGAGGGUGAUAGUGGAUUGCUUAAAGUGUUCGGGGCUAUUCUUCCAUUUAGAUAAAGAUUCCCCUUUUGACAACUCUUGGUACUUGGCUAGUCCCUCUACUCUCUUCAAGAUGAACAAUCCUCAGCAUGGUCAAAAUGAAGAGCAUGAACCUAUUAUCCCAGGAUUCGAAACCCCGCCAUCACCUUUGUCCAGUUAUGACAAUGUCUAUAACAUAAAAGAAGACGAAGCGCGGGGACACCCGCCUGAGGCUCCUCCAUAUCUUUUGGAACCUAUGACCGUCAGGAGAUUAACCACUGGUCAAGAGACGCCUGACCAUACACCCAAUCGUGUGGUCUUGAACCAUCUCUGCACCAAUGUGUAUGACAGGAAGUUUUCAUGGGAAUGGGUAGGAGUGGCAACAACUCGCCGUGUUGGCUCAAAAUACGUGACUGAUGUUCUUUACAAACCGCCUCCUCAGAAGGGAAACGGGAACCCCAGCUGCACCAGAGAUGCUCAAGUGUAAUAGUUUUUUAUAUUUAAAUAUUUACUUAUAACAAAACUUGCAGUGAAAUGUUUGUAGUGUUAACUUAAUUUCAUAGCGUGCAUUAGGGAAUGCUCUGGUUUGCAUCUUCCUCGUCAUAAGACUCAUAACCGUAUGGCAUCUGUAAUGUUCAAAACUCUAAAUAAAUGAACGAUAAUAGUUACUGUAUUUGAUAGAGUUGAUUGUCAUAACCGAUGUGCUUUUCAAACAAAGCUUAUUCUCAAC